AAUAAAUGGAAAGCUCAACAACAGGGGAGUAUAAUUAAGGAAACUAUUCAAAAUGGAUUGAUAAAUUUUAAUAAUAAAUUUAAUUUUUAUGGUUAACAUAGAAUGAUGGUAAGAAUCAGGCAAAUACACUUGAUAUGGUAACAUAGGAAUAUAUAAAAUUUAGUAGUGAUAAAAUAAAAGAGUAAAGUGAAUUAAUAGGUAGAGUAAUGUAACAGAAAUAAUCUUUUAUAAAUUAAAUGAUGGAUAAAAAUUAGGAGUAAUAAAAUGAAUUAUUGAAUUGUUAAAAACAUUGUAAGGAUGUAAUAAUAAAGAAAUAUGAUUAAUAUUUAGAAGAGUUAUAAUAAUAUGGUAGAUAAUUAAGAAAUAGAGAGGAAUUAAUGGAAUUAAGAAGGGUACAUGAUGAUUAUUAGAAAGAAAUGAAUGAAUUUAAAAGUGGAAUAAUAAAAAGUUCAGUAUUCUAUUAAGGGAAAUUAGAUAAGAAAUCAAAGAUAAGAAAGAUAAUACGUAGUGCAAUAAAUAAGGUAAUUUAGACAAAAGGGAUUGAUAAAAAUAUAAUAGAGACGAUAGUGAAAUAUGAAUGUAUGAUAGAGAAACAUGAAGUAGCAAUAGAUAAGAAGGAUUUGAAAUUAUUAAAACUUGAUUAAGAGUUAUUAAAAAUAAAGAAAGAAGAGGGAACAUAUGAAGAAUAAAAGAAUUUAUUAUAAAUAUAGAUAAUGAAUGAAAAAAGUAAUAAUGAGAAAUGGAGAUAGAGUGAAUAAAAUAUGUUAGAUAAAUAGAGAAAGUAAUAGGAAUAAGUGAAUGUAUUAAAUUAUAAUUUGAAUUUAUUCUGCUAAGAUUUAUAUCGAAAGUUUACUCCUAGAUUAUUAAAAUUAUAUGAAUAUAAAUAAACAGGUAUACAUUAUAAACAUUUUAGAAAGGAUUAAGGUUAAAGUGUGAUAAUGUCUCAUGAAGGUAAGUUAGCAUUAACAAAUGUAAAUUAAGAAUAAUUAAUAUUAUGGAAGAUAGAUGAAGAUAAAAAUGAAUGGUAAUAUUAAAGUUAAUUAAUGUAAAUAAAUUAAAUAAAAUGUUUAUAUUUUUAUGAUGAAAAAGGAUCAUUUUUUACAGGAUUAGAAGAUGGUUAGAUUGUGUAUUGGUUUAGAGAUAAUUAAAAAUGGAGUUUAAAUGAAUUAAGAUAAACUCAUUAAAGAGGAGUAAAUAGUAUUUAAGGAUGUUCGAAGAAUGGUUUAAUGAUUUCAGGUAGUGAUGAUUGCAAACUUAAAGUGUGGUAAAUAAAAGUAGAUUAAAUUAAUUGGGAAGUUAAAUAUACAUUAUAAGGACAUUAAUCUGGAAUUCAAACUGUUUUUUUUAAUAGAAAUUCUACUCUUAUUGGAAGUGGUAGUUUUGAUAAAACUAUUAUUUUGUGGAAUCUUAAAAAUUAAGAAUGGAAUUAAUAUUAAAUUCUUAAAGGACAUAAAGGAAGUAUUACUACUUUGUGUUUUAGUAAAUUAAAAGAUCUUUUAAUUUCUGGUAGUUAAGAUAAUUUUAUUAAAAUAUGGGAAAUGGAAUAAAAUCAACUAUAUAAAAAAGUAUAAACUCUUGAUGGUCAUAAAGCGACUAUUACUUAAGUUAUUUUUAAUUCAGAUUCAUCUAUUUUAAUUAGUGGAAGCAAAGAUUGUACUAUUAAAUUUUGGAGGUAAAAUAUUUCAAAUAGAUGGGUUAUUCAUAGAGAAUUUUAAUAUAAUUCUAUGAUAAGUUCAAUUUCAAUUAGUAAUAAUAAUAUUUAAUUAAUUGUUGGUUGUUUUGGAGGAGAAACUAUAUUCUACAAAUCUCAAGAUUAUUGGGAAUGA